AUGUCUCAACCGACAAGUGAAUCAACAGCGGUACCGUCGAAACCAUCAACCAAUCCAGGGAGUUAUGAAGAGCUUCAUCGGAAAGCACGUGACAUCUUCCCAACGUGUUUCGAGGGUGCUAAAGUGAUGAUUAGCAAAGGGCUGAGUUCUCAUUUCCAGGUUUCACACACGUUGUCUAUUUCGCCUACAAGCACUGGUUAUCGGUUUGGUGCUACUUACGUCGGCACGAAAGUCGUUGGUCCUCAGGAACAGUACCCAAUAUUCCUGGGUGAUACCGAUGUCGCCGGCAAUACCACUGCAACUGUCGUGCACCAGUUUGGUGAUAAUUACCGUCUCCGCCUACAAGGACAAGUGCAGCAAAACAAGCUAGUUGGAGCUCAAGGAACAUUUGAGAGGAGAGGUCGUUUAACAACUCUUGGGUUGACGUUUGCUAAUACGGACGUGGUUAAUGAAAGCGGAGUAGUGGUUGGGCAAUUGUUAAGAAAGCUUACUAAUAACAUCGAUGUUGGCACUGAACUGUUAUAUCAAUACGGCAAGCAAAUCCCAGGUCAAAAAUUGUCUAUGUUGUCCUACAGCCUACGAUACACCACUCCGAUAUGGACGGCGGUGGCCACUCUUGGAUCUUCAGGUGCGCACUUUACAUACUAUCACAAGCAAACUGAUAACCUUUCAUUUGGAGUUGAAUUCGAAAGCAAUACGAAUGUUGGAGAGGCUGUUGGUACGUUUGCUUAUCAAGCAGAAUUGCCUGACGAAGGUGUAACAAUGAGAGCCAGUAUUGAUACCAACUGGUCAGUUGGUGGUGUUUUUGAAAAACGUUUGAGUCAACAGCUUCCAUUUACAUUUGCGAUGUCGGGUCUCUUCAAUCACGCUAAGGUAUGA